AACGCAGAAUUCAAAAUUGGGUGACAUAACCUAAGAAAACAAAAAAGGAAUUGUUUAUUUCUGUGAAAAAUGGAAAACAUAAAGGACGUUUACGUGACGGACUACAUCCCCACAAUCUACACAACCCCUUGCACCAUGCGCUACACCCAGAACGGCAAAACCCUGGAACGUGGCAUUUUCGCGGAACGCAACGGGGUUAUCAUCAUUGUUUACAACAGGACGCAAAAUGUGCUCGUUUUAGUGCGCCAAUUUAGGCCUUCAGUCUACUUGAGUCGCAUUCCAAAGGGGGCCCGUGUCGGUAUGAUCGAUACAGCGAAGUACCCAGCCAGUUUGGGUAUUACUUUGGAGUUUUGUGCGGGUUUAGAAGACAAAACUGCCUCAACGGAACAAAUCGCACGAGAGGAAAUACUCGAAGAGUGUGGUUACGAUGUUCCUUUAGAAAAAUUGGAGAAAAUUGGUACUUUUAAAAACUUGACUGAGACCACAGGGGCGAGGACUACAAUGUAUUACUGUGAAGUUACGGACGAUAUGAGGGUGACAACAGGGGGUGGAGUCGAUGAUGAGAUUAUUGAUGUGAUUGAAAUGCCUGUAGAGAAAGUUUUGGAAUAUGCAAGACAAGGUUAUGUCAACAGUCCCAUGAACUUCAUGUUCGGACUUCAAUGGUUUUUGUACCAUAAAUACAAGGUCUAGAUCGAAUUUAUUUGUUCAAGAAAGUGAUACAUACAAAUUAUAAUUAAUAAAAAUUAAAUAAACAUUGA